CGUGUGUGUAAAGCGUGUGUUGUGUUGAAGACAAAACUGUAUAGUCAUUUCUCGUCCGCUAUGGGGUUCAUUACGUCUGCGGCGGGCAUCCUGGCCCUGCUGGACGAGACUCAGGAUGAACUGAGGGUGUUUGCACUGGAGCGACUCAAUGAGAUCACCGACACCUUCUGGCCCGAGAUUGCCGACUCCAUACAGAAGAUAGAGAGGCUUGAGGAGGAUGGCAACUUUCCCAAGAGGGAACUGGCAGCACUGCUGGUGUCUAAAGUGUACUUCCACUUGGGCUCCUACCUUGACUCCCUCACUUACGCCCUACGCUCGGGACCCAUGCUGCACCAGGACCCCAACCAACUGUACAUCGACACCAUCAAGGUUCAUGCCAUUGACCACUACAUCAAGUUGCGUGCCCAGAAGGAUGCCAAGAUGGACCCUCGCCUGGAGACACUCCUCAACAACAUGUUCCGGCGCUGCAUUGAGGACCAGCAGUACCGCCACGCCAUCGGCAUCGCCCUGGAGACACACCGCAUGGACUGGUUCAGGGAGGCCAUCAUGACCUCGGAUGACAUUGUGGGCAGCCUGACCUACUCCUACAAGAUUGCCAUGCAGUACAUCGAGCAGCGCAAGUUCCGGGAUGAGGUGUUAGAGCAGCUGGUGUCCCUGUACCAAGGUCUGGAGACUCCAGACUAUGUCAACAUGUGUCAGUGUCUCAUCCACCUGGACAAGCCUCAUGAAGUGGCCUCCAUUCUUGACAAGCUUAUCAAGAAUGACAGCCUGAAGAGUGAGGCCAUGGACAACGAGCUCAUGGCUUACCAGAUUGGCUUUGACCUGUACGAGAGUGCCACCCAGGACCUGCUGUCCCACGUGCGGCAGGGCCUGCACACUACUGCGCCCGUCCCCUCACUCCUCAAGGAUGUGGAUGCCCUCUCCACCGCCUCCACCACCACUACCGCGCCAGCCGCUGCCACCACCACCACCACGACCACCACCACCACCACGUCCUCCACGCCCACCACUUUGGAAGAUGAGGAGAAGAGUGGAGGAGGAGGCAGCACACAGGAGGAGGAGGGUGGAGAUGCACCCAUGACAGAGGAGAAGACUCUGGAUGACCUGACGGAGCUGGAGAAGACCCACCAGACCCGCGUGGAGAAGCUGGCCCGGAUCCUGAGUGGCGAGAUGACCAUUGAGCAGCACCUUCAGUUCCUCAUUGCCAACAACCACACAGACAUGCUCAUCCUGCGCCACAGCAAGGAGGCAGUGCGUGCGUCUGUCUGCCACACUGCCACCGUCAUUGCCAACGCCUUCAUGCACUGUGGAACAACUUCUGACCAGUUCCUCAGGGACAACUUGGAGUGGCUGUCCAGGGCCACCAACUGGGCCAAGAUGACAGCCACGGCUUCCCUGGGAGUGAUCCACCGUGGCCACGAGAAGGAGGCCCUCACCCUGAUGCAGGCCUACCUCCCCAAGGAGUCCAACAGCCCAGGCUAUGCUGAGAGCGGCUCCCUCUACGCCCUGGGCCUGAUCCAUGCCAACCAUGGGGCAAACAUCAUCGAGUACCUCCUCAACCAGACCAAGGAUGCCACCAGUGAUAUUGUGCGUCAUGGCGGCUGCCUUGGGCUGGGUCUGGCAGCGAUGGGAACACAGCGCACCGAUGUGUAUGAGCAGCUCAAGUAUUGCCUCUUCCAAGAUGAUGCCGUGACAGGAGAGGCAGCUGGGCUGGCAAUGGGGCUGGUGAUGCUGGGGUCUGCCAAUGACCAGGCUGUCUCAGACAUGGCCAGCUAUGCAAGGGACACCCAGCACGAGAAGAUCCUGCGGGGCCUGGCCCAGGGGAUCGCUUUGACCAUGUAUGGCCAGCAGGACCAGGCGGACCGGCUCAUCACAGAGCUCAGCGAGGACAAGGAUGCCAUCCUGCGGCGAGCGGCCAUGUACACCGUGGCCAUGGCAUACUGUGGCACAGCCUCCACACCAGCCAUGAAGCGGCUGCUGCAUGUGGCUGUGUCAGAUGUGGACAAUGACGUGCGCCGUGCCGCUGUGGAGGCUUUGGGUUUCUUGCUGUUCCGCUCACCAGAGCAGAUCCCCAGCAUGGUUUCCCUCCUGUCCGAGUCAUACAAUCCUCACGUGCGAUAUGGGGCUGCCAUGGCCCUUGGUGUGGCCUGCUCUGGUACUGGCCAGAAGGAAGCCCUGGGCUUGCUGGAGCCACUCACCAACGAUCCGGUCAACUUUGUGCGGCAGGGCGCCCUCAUCGCCUCGGCGCUGGUGCUCAUCCAGCAGACAGAGGCCACCUGCACUAAGGUGAAGGACUUCCGCCAGCUGUAUGCCAAGGUCAUCUCAGACAAGCACGAGGAUUCCAUCGCCAAGUUUGGUGCAAUCUUGGCACAGGGUAUAAUUGACGCUGGUGGCCGCAACAUGACCAUCUCCCUGCAGAGCCGCACAGGUCACACCAGCAUGACCUCUGUGGUGGGUAUGUUUGUCUUCACACAGUUCUGGUACUGGUUCCCCCUCGCCCACUUCCUGUCCAUGGCCUUCACCCCCACCUGCCUCAUUGGCCUCAACUCAGAGCUCAAAAUGCCCAAGAUGCAGUUCCUCUCCAACGCCAAGCCAUCCACCUAUGGCUACCCAGCGCCUCUGGAGGAGAAGAAGAAGGAGGUGGCAGAGAAGGUGACGGCCGUGUUGUCCAUCACCGCCAAGGCCAAGAAGAAGGAUGACGAGCGAAAGAAGAAGGAACAGAAGGAUGAGAAGAUGGAUGUGGAUGAAGAGAAGAAGGAGAAGGAGGAGAAGGAAAAGGAAAAGGAGAAGGAGGAGAAGAAAAAGGAGGAAGAGAAGAAGAAAGAGGAGCCUGCUUUUGACCUCCUGAGCAACCCAGCGAGAGUAAUGAAGGCCCAGCUGAAGGUGGUGAGGAUGGCUGAGGGAUCCCGCUAUGCCCCCGUCAAGGAGCUGGGCAUUGGCGGCAUCAUCUUGAUGCGCGACACCAAGCCUGAGGACAGCGAAGAGCUGGUCCAGCCCGUCCCCGCCCUCGGCCCCAAGGCAGAGGAGGAGACUGAACCCGAUCCCCCAGAGCCCUUCUUCUAUGAGGAAUAGGUUAGUUAAGGUCCAUAGGGUUGUAUGUUAAGGUACUAAUAUAGGUCUUUACUGGCUCUCCUGGUUUGCUAUUUUCAUCCUCAAUAGAUAGAGAGGUGGUGAUGUAAUGUCAUGUACUACCUGGAUGGAAUAGUGUGUGUACUCCAUGCUGUCCUGGAUGCUCUCAUUGUUCACUCCCAUCAUGCAGUCAUCAUGCAGUCUGCUUAGUGUUCUUGGUGUGUCAUGAGUAUUAUGUCCACGUAGAGAGUUGCAGAUCUAUGGAGGAUGUGAUCCUUUGGUUUCUACUCCAGAAAACUAUUUAUCUGAAAGUAACCUGUAACUGUAGGAUUUGUAAGACUGAUGGUUUUCAAGGAAACUUAUGUUCUUGAGUGUUGUGCUGUCAGCAUCAUGCAGUGUUAAUUACUGUGCAAAAUAUAAUUCUAUAUAUGAAGCAUUGAGUCUAGGUACAACUUUUUAAGUAAAUAAUACUUUUUCA